CGCGUUGAAAUUUGGGUUUCACAUCUCUGUUUUUACGGUUUAGAGGGUGAAGAAGGAAGAAAAUAGGACUGGGUUCAUAGCCACUAGGGCGGGUUUAGCACUUCUGUGUUUACGGUUUCGAGAGAGAAGCAGGAAGAGACGAAAAUAGGGUUGGGCUCAUAGCCAUUAGGGUUUAUAGAGGGUUUACAGAGAGAAGAAGAAAUGAGGAAGAGGUCAUCGGCUUCACAAACCCUAAUGGAAGAGGCACUCACUGUUUUUUGGAGAGAGAAAAGGAAGAUGGGAUGCUGAUUAGGGAUUGUUGAAGAACCCUAAUGGAAGAGGCACUCACUGUUUUUUAGAGAGAGAAAAGGAAGAUGAGAUGCUGAUUUGGGAUAGUUUGAAGAGGUUUUUCUCUCUGAUUUGGAUGUUGUUUGAGAGAAAGCCCUAACUAUACUGAUUUGUGAAGAGGACGAGAAAAGGAAGAGGCCUUUUCAUUUUCUUGGGGAAACAGCAAGCAGAGCUGAGGGAUUUGGUUUGGGGAACUAAUCGUAUAUGUACAAUUGCUUGCUUCUGUGGUGGGCCUGCUGGUUUUUACACUGCUGAAAAGAUGUUAAAGGCUCAUAAAGAAGUACAGCUAGACAUCAUUGAUAGGCUUCCCACUCCCUUUGGCCUUGUUCGUUCCGGGGUGGCACCUGAUCAUCCUGAAACAAAGAUUGUGGUCAACCAGUUUUCACGGCUUGCUGAGAAUGAGAGGUUUUCUUUCUUUGGCAAUGUAUCAUUAGGAACCAGUGUUUCUCUCUCUGAACUAUGUGAUAUCUAUCAUGUGGUGGUGCUUGCUUAUGGGGCUGAAAGUGACAGAAUUUUGGGCAUUCCUGGAGAAGAUUUGAAUGGGAUACAUUCAGCUAGAGAGUUUGUUUGGUGGUAUAAUGGGCACCCUGACUGCAAAUGCGUGGCUCCUGAAUUGAAGACCACUGAUACAGCUGUAGUUCUUGGCCAGGGUAAUGUGGCACUUGAUAUAGCGAGAAUCCUUUUGCAAGACCCAGCUGAGUUGGAAAGAACUGACAUUGCAGAGCAUGCCUUAGCUUCGUUGAGGGAGAGUUCCAUCAGGAAAGUUUAUUUAGUUGGAAGACGUGGCCCUGUACAGGCAGCUUGUACAGCAAAAGAGCUUCGAGAAAUUCUGUCUUUGAAGCAUGUCCAAGUUCAUAUUCAGGAAGCUGAUCUCGUGAAGUCUCCUUUGGAUGAGGAAGAACUGAAGAGGAGCAGAAUCCAAAGACGAGUCUACGACUUGUUGUCUAAAAUAGCCAGUUCUCAACCAUCAGAUCAUGUUAGUUGUGAACGAGAUCUCCACUUUGUUUUCUUUAGAAGACCAGCCUCCUUCUUACCAUGCAAUGAUGCAAAUAAAGUUUGCAGGGUGCGCUUAGAGAAAACCUUUUUGAAAGAGAAUGGUGCAACUGGUCGACAGUCUGCAGUGGGUUCUGGGGAGUUUGAAGAACUUGAAUGCGGGCUAGUUUUCAAAAGCAUUGGUUACAAGUCUCUGCCAGUUGAUGGAUUGCCCUUCAAUGAUCAGAAGGGUAUUGUGCCUAAUGACAGAGGUCGUGUGCUGAGCAAUGCUGGCAAGGAGCCUAGCAAUUUUGUGCCGGGAUUAUAUGUUGUGGGUUGGUUGAAGCGAGGACCCACAGGAAUAAUCGCUACCAACCUCUACUGUGCUGAGGAAACGGUGGGAAGCAUUACAGAAGACUUGCAACAAGGGGCCCUACACCCUCACAUCUCAUUGGACAAGCCUGGAAGAGAUGGCCUUCUUCAUAUAUUGCAGGAUAAAAACAUAAGAUUCGUGUCCUUUAAAGAUUGGGAAAAGAUAAAUACCAAAGAAAUAAAUGAUGGAAAGUUAAAGAGCAAACCAAGGGAGAAGAUAACUUCAUGGGAAGAGCUACAAGAGAUUGCCACUCAGUAAGGUUGGCAACAAGCCAGACCAGCCUUGGCCUUAACUUAAGCCUUAAUUCUGUAUGGCAGUUACCAGAUACCAGCCCAAACUGGGCUGGGACCCUAGCUUAGGCAUCAGACCUUAGAUCAAAUACAAUCAAAGAAAAAUGAAUAUCACAGUAAAAACGAGUUCGGUUAGGCUGAUCCCAGCCACCUAUGCCAUUGUCUAUCAUCUGAUAGGCCGGUCUUUGGGCUACGUUUUGUAACCUAGCCCCUAGUUUUUUAGGGUUGGACACGUUCUCCCAACUCAUUGCCGCUCUUUUUUUUUCUAAAUUUUUCAAUAAUGUUUUUUUUUUUUGGAUAAAUGGUUGAAAUGAAAGGUUGGCAAUUCGUCAGAUAUAAUGAGGGAUGUAAUGAUUUUCUAACAAUCAACUCUCGGAUUUGUUUUCUCAUACAUGGGUUGUUUAUUUUCAA